AAACUCGCCCAAUGAGCGAAAAAACAGUAUUGGAAGCAGUGAGGUAAUUUCAUGUUGAGUUGAGGGAUUUCUUUCAUGUAGGGAGGAGGGGAGUAAUUGAAAAUGGGUGAUAGACAAGCCGUAGAUCAGCAGCAGCAGCUACAAUCUCCAUCGCAGCUGCAGCAGCAGCAGCAACAAGGAGCAGCAAGAGAAGACAUGAUUGGGUGUGUGAUGGCUUUAGAGGCGGCUUUGCUUCCAUGCUUGCCUGCCAGAGAGCUCCAGGCCAUUGACCGCUCUCCCCAUCCUUCUCAUCAGAUUGAUGUGGAGAGACAUGCCAGGGAUUUCAUGGAGGCUGCCAAAAAGCUUCAACUGUAUUUUAUUGGUCUGCAACGUGAAGAUCAACCAACCAUGUCUGAAACACUGAGGAAGGAUAUUGGUAUGAUGGAAGAAGAGUUGAAAGUAAAGGAUGAGCUGAUCAAGAGACAAGAGAGAUUGAUUCAAGGGUGGUGGAAGGAAUUGAAAGAUCAAGCGGAAAAACACAACACUGAAUUAGAGAGAGUGUAACAGAGCCUGUUAGCAUCAGACAUUUGGGAUGCCAAACCGGGAUCAAUAAUAUUUAUUUUUAUUCAAGUGCUUGCCCGGCAUUAUUUUA